UGGUAGUAACCCGGAGCAGCAGCAGCAGCGGCGGCGGCUGUAGGUAUAGUAGGAGAGAUCGCCGGCGGGUUUGGGUCGUCGUUCCGUCCGGGACCAGACCCCAGCCAGUUCGGCACCAACUACUUCCCACCACACUCCGGUCCUUCCCGGGACUCGAGUGCGCCAGGCCUUGGUCACUCUCUGCAUCAGAUUUCCAUGAAGAGAGUCUUGCAAGUUGCAGAUGGCCCUUUUGUAGAUUCUUGGCUUUUCUGAUCCAGCGCUUGUUUGUGACUCAUUCCUUUGCACUGAGAAACUAAAAGCCAUGAAGGUUGUGCCAGAGAAGAAUGCUGUGCGAAUCCUGUGGGGCCGAGAACGAGGUACACAAGCUUUGGGAGCGCAACGACUUCUGCAGGAGCUAGUGGAAGACAAAACGCGUUGGAUGAAAUGGGAGGGAAAGAAGGUUGAGUUACCGGACAGUCCACGUUCCACCUUCCUUCUAGCGUUCAGCCCGGACAGGACCCUCAUGGCUUCUACGCAUGUGAAUCACAAUAUUUAUAUCACAGAGGUGAAAACCGGCAAGUGUGUUCACUCUCUAGUUGGGCAUCGACGCACACCAUGGUGCGUAACCUUUCAUCCUACCAUCCCAGGGCUUAUUGCUUCAGGGUGCCUUGAUGGAGAGGUUAGAAUCUGGGAUUUGCACGGUGGAAGUGAGAGCUGGUUUACAGACAGCAACAAUGCCAUUGCUUCCUUGGCUUUCCAUCCAACGGCCCAACUCCUACUAAUUGCAACAGCAAAUGAAAUCCACUUUUGGGACUGGAGCCGCAGGGAGCCUUUUGCAGUUGUGAAAACAGCCAGUGAAAUGGAGCGGGUCCGGCUAGUACGAUUUGAUCCUCUUGGGCAUUAUUUACUCACCGCGAUUGUUAACCCUUCCAACCAACAGAAUGAUGAAGAGGUGGAAAUACCUGUGGAUAGUACUGAAAUGCCACAUUAUCGGCAACGUUCCAUCCUUCAGUCUCAGCCUGUGAGACGCACACCGCUCCUUCAUAAUUUCCUGCAUAUGCUGUCCUCCCGCUCUUCCGGUAUCCAGCCUUACCAGCCCCAGGAGCAGGCAUCUACAGCACAACAGGAGCAGGGACUCCUUAACCGACCAUCUGCUUUCAGCACUGUGCAAAGCAGUACUGCUGGCAACACCCUGCGGAACCUUAGCUUGGGCCCCACUCGUAGAUCCCUUAGUGGGCCUUUGUCAGGCCAUCCAUCCAGGAUCCACCCAAGAGAGAUGGCCUCUGGGUUAGAGGGUUCUGAGUGGACUCGAACAGUGUUAAAUAUGGGCCCUCGCUCUGAGGUGGAAGGUAUGCCUCCUCCUAGAACCAGUGCCUCUUCAGUGAGCUUGUUGUCAGUACUGAGACAGCAGGAAGGAAGCUCUCAGUCCUCUGUUUAUACUUCAGCUACAGAAGGGCGGGGUUUUUCAGCUCCCGGAGCUGAAGCAGAAAGCAGCAACAGUGCUGGCUCAAGCAAUCCAGCCAGCCUUCGCAAUGAGUUUCAAUGUGACUUGAGGCGGUUCUUCUUGGAAUAUGAUAGGCUUCAGGAGUUAGAUCACGGGAUAGGUGGUGAGCCCAGUCAGCCACAUCAGGCGCAGGAAGUGCUUAAUAACAACAUUGAGCCUGAUAGCCCUGGUCCUUCUCAUCAACAGACCCCACAUAGCAGUGAGAACAAUUCCAAUUUGUCACGGGGGCAUCUGAACCGCUGUCGAGCCUGUCACAACCUGCUGACUUUUAACAAUGACACGCUCCGUUGGGAAAGAAGCACGCCCAGCUAUGCACCAGGGCAGGUCCAAAACACAUUUGAGGGUGUACCAUCCAGCAGUAGUCAGCUACCACCUCCUGAGAGAAUGGAAAGCCGAACUUCUUCCUCUAGCAGGCUGCCAUUGGGAAGAUCUUCUAACCCUCCAGAGGAAAGGACUGUGAGAGUGGUCUUUAAUCAGGAGACGGGGCACUGGGAAAGAGUUUACAGUCAAACUGCUUCUAGUAGACCUGGGAAUGUAUCACAGGACGCCUUAAACCAGGAAAUGCCUGAGGAAAGUUCAGAAGAGGAUUCACUUAGAAGGAGGCUUUUGGAGUCUUCACUUAUUUCACUAUCGCGUUACGAUGGGGCAGGAUCCCGGGAGCAUCCAAUCUAUCCUGAUCCAGCUAGAUUAUCUCCUGCUGCUUAUUAUGCCCAGAGAAUGAUCCAGUAUCUUUCACGCAGAGAUAGUAUUCGCCAGCGCUCCAUGCGAUAUCAACAGAAUCGGAUCCGUUCUUCCUCAUCUUCUGCUUCCACCUCUGAGAAUACAGGCCCAUCUGUGGAAGGGAAUGAUCUAGAAUUUGAAGACUUUGAGGACAAUGGAGACAGAUCAAGACACCGAGCCCCUCGGAAUGCCCGUAUGUCUGCACCAUCCCUUGGACGUUUUGUUCCCAGGCGUUUCUUGCUGCCAGAGUAUUUGCCUUAUGCUGGGAUUUUUCAUGAACGUGGUCAGCCUGGUUUAGCCACUCACUCCUCUGUUAACAGAGUUUUAGCAGGAGCUGUGAUUGGAGAUGGACAGUCUGCUGUGGCCAGCAAUAUUGCCAAUACUACUUACCGGCUUCAGUGGUGGGAUUUUACCAAAUUUGACUUACCUGAAAUAAGCAAUGCCUCUGUGAAUGUGCUUGUUCAGAACUGCAAGAUCUACAAUGAUGCCAGCUGUGAUAUUUCUGCAGAUGGACAGCUCCUGGCAGCUUUCAUUCCGAGCAGUCAGCGGGGCUUUCCUGAUGAGGGAAUACUGGCGGUGUAUUCUCUAGCACCACACAACUUGGGUGAAAUGCUCUACACAAAGCGAUUUGGUCCUAAUGCCAUUUCUGUGAGCCUGUCCCCAAUGGGCAGGUAUGUCAUGGUAGGAUUGGCAUCCCGCCGCAUUCUGCUGCACCCUUCCACAGAACAUAUGGUGGCUCAGGUCUUCAGGCUUCAGCAACCACAUGGGGGAGAAACCUCAAUGAGGAGAGUAUUCAAUGUUCUGUACCCAAUGCCUGCUGAUCAAAGGAGACACGUCAGCAUAAAUUCUGCUCGUUGGCUUCCUGAACCAGGUUUGGGAUUGGCAUAUGGCACGAAUAAGGGUGACCUAGUGAUUUGCCGACCAGAGGCCUUAAACUCUGGGGUUGAAUACUACUGGGACCAGCUGAAUGAGACCGUCUUCACUGUGCAUUCCAACAGCAGGAGCACCGAGCGGCCUGGAACCAGCAGAGCCACAUGGAGGACAGACAGGGACAUGGGACUAAUGAAUGCCAUAGGCCUGCAGCCACGGAACCCAACCACUUCUGUGACAUCACAGGGCACUCAGACUCUGGCUCCUCAGCUGCAGAAUGCAGAGACACAAACUGAGAGGGAAGUUCAAGAGCCUGGUGGUUCUGCCUCAGGAACUACAGAAGGUAGUCCAGAAUAUGGUGCAACUGGGGAAGAUGCCCUGAUCAGGAUCCAACGGUUGAUGGCAGAAGGAGGCAUGACUGCUGUGGUCCAGCGAGAGCAAAGCACCACCAUGGCAUCCAUGGGGGGCUUUGGCAACAACAUCAUUGUGAGUCACCGGAUCCACCGCAGUUCCCAGACUGGUACUGAGUCCUCUGGAACAGAUGGUGGCUCAGCUCAGCCAUCCACUUCUCAAGAGCUGGUAGCUGAGCUUGAGGCACAGACCCUUCCUGAGUCCAUGCAAGUGACAGAGCGUGGUCUGAGCCCACGGACGACGUCCUCCAAUUCAAUUGAGGGAGAAGGAGCUAAUGAGCAAAGCCUGUCUGAGCAGGCUCAGUCCUCAAUGGACACUGAGGGACCAAUUGAGUACAGUGACCUAACUAAUAAUAACCAUCUUCCUGACAAUACCAACUUUUAUAAUAACGGUAGCGCCAGUGGAGAGUCUCGGAACAGGUAGAGAUGAAUUUGUGUGUUGGUGCAACCCUUGUACUGCUAAGCAAAGACUUGUACCUCAAAGCUGACCAGGAACUUGAAGGGGUAGGAGGAUUUUGGUUCCGACCAGAUGCUGGUAGUUCAGCGGGCAUUGGUAUAUAAGGGUGAGAGACCAUCAGUUGUAUAGGAGGAUCCUUGAAGAGGUUUUAUUCUGUGUCUUAGCUUCCCGCAUCCGUUUUGCUGCACAUUUUCUACAAUAGCUGUAAUAAACAUUGAUAUUCAGCUGAGCCUUAUGUAAAUUUCUCAGCUCACUGGCUACAGGAAUCCAUUAAGUUUUGCCCUAACCCUGCAGUGCUUUUAAUGUUACUCUUUGUUUUUUUUUUUUAAUGCUUUCUCCUCUUUUGACAUACCAGCUAAUCAAAUCAAGGGGACUGUAGUCUCUUACUUUGGAGACCUGCAACCUUAUUGAGUGCGUAUGUUUUUUUAAGUGCUACUGUGGAGGGGAUUUUCACCACAGCUCUGCUACCAGAGUGGUUUUCAUCUUCCAGGCCAGAGUUCUGCUGCAUGUCACCUUGCUGGUAAGCACUAGGCAAGUCUUCAGUGUUUGAGGGGCUUGAAAUUGUGCAGACUGGACAAAGCAAAAUAGCCUUCUCCAGGACUCUGUUCCACUCUUCUUUCCAAAUAUGAACUGGAGGCAGGAGAGCUGUGCUUGGGCUUCACCAUCCCUUCAUGCUCAGGAACCUCUCAGGAGUGUAGGCCUUUUGUUUUCAGAAUUAUCUGCUUUGUCCACAAGCAGGACCCUUGGGUGGGACAACAUAUAGUUGUAAAGCAUGUGGGUGGGUUGGGAACCGCUCCCCAAGAAAGCUGGCACUUACACAGAGCUUGCCUAGGGUUUAGCACCUCUAGCUGUGCCAACAGUAACAUUUAUAAUUCAACUUGGCGAGAUCUGGCAGAAUCAUGGUGCCAUGACCAGGCUGCACUUCCCUGUUUGGGGUGGGGUGGGGUGGGUGGGGAGAGAGGGGCUAGCUCCGCAUCAGAGCGUGAGGUAUGUGUCUGUGAUGUAAGGUGUUGCAUGUGAAACCUUGACCUUGUACAUGUAGUUUCUAGUGGAGAAAUCAAGGCUCUGAUAUUUUUCUUUCUAGUCUGAAAUGUGAUUUUCCUUUUCAUUUGUAACUCUCCAUCCCAGUGAGCUUGUAGCAGGAAGGUAGGGGGAGAGUGUGUGCUAAUGAGGAAAACACCAAAGAUCUAUGUCAUUAAAAUAUGACAAACCCUU